AUGGACGCUGCCCUCGACACCGUGCGCACCGCGCUCCAACCCAUCACCCACAACCUCCCCGCCCCCAUCCACGACCUCGGCCUCUCGCUGCUCGGCCCCAAAUGCUACCAAAAGCUCAUCAAAGACAUCGACCCAAUCGCCCACCCCGACUGCCUCAAGCUCGCCAUCAGCAAAGGGCUCGGCAUCGGCAUCGUCGGCGCGUCGGCGGUGGUCAAGGUGCCGCAGCUGAUCAAGCUGCUGCGGUCGCAGAGCGCCGAGGGCGUGUCCUUCCUGUCGUACCUGCUCGAGACGGCGGCGUACCUCAUCGGCCUCGCGUACAACGCCCGCGCCGGCUUCCCGUUCUCGACGUACGGCGAGACGGCCCUGAUCGCGGUGCAGAACGUGGCCAUCGCGGCGCUGGUGCUGCAUUUCAAGGGGAGGGAUGCCGGCGCGGCGGCGUGGGUGGCGGGCCUCGCGGCGGCGGGGUACGCGCUGUUUGAUAAGGGCAUCGUGGAUGCGAAGAUGCUGGCGACGCUGCAGGCGGCCGGGGGCGUGCUGAGCAUCGCGAGUAAGGCGCCGCAGAUUGUCGAGGUGUAUAGGCAGGGCGGGACGGGGCAGUUGAGCGCUUUUGCGGUCUUCAACUACCUCCUCGGGUCGCUCUCGCGCAUCUUCACCACCAUGCAGGAGGUCGGCGACCAGCUCAUCCUCUUCGGCUUCGUCGCGGGCUUCCUGCUCAACGCUGUCCUGGCCAUCCAGAUGAUCUACUACUGGAACGCGCCGGCCAGCCGCAGCGGCAAGAGCAAGAGCAAGAGCAAGAGCAAGAAGAAGGCGACGGAGAAGGCUGUGCAGGCAAAGGACAAGGACAGCGGAAAGCCGCUGGCUACCACGACGUCCGCGAGCAAGGCGAAGAGCCCGAGCACUCGCCGCAGGGGUUAG